UGUGGGACAUAUCGUACACGUCAGCAAAAAACAGAAAAUCACCAAAAUUAAAAAAGCUCUGGUUUGGAAAUUUGGCUCUUGUCCUUCCUCGUCAGCUACAACAGCUCCGGCUCAGAGACACCGCCUCAGUCAGCGGCUCAGCCCCACUUCUCUUUUCUUUCAUCAAAUGCUUCUCUCCCAAAACAUUCAUCGACGUCAAGAGAACAAACAACCUUUUAUCCUCCGUCUUCUUCUUCUCGUACAAUGAAGAAAAAGCACAGAGAUAACGGCUACAGCAUCACCGCUUGCGUCUAUCGGAUUUUCCUCAUCAUGCGGCGGCGCCACCACUUGUUUCAUUUCCUCUAUGCCUUUUCGUGUUGCCUUCUUCUCCUCUUCCUUACUUUCUCUCUCUUCUCCUCCCCUCCUCCCGUCACCAACCACCACUACUUAAUGUCUAAAAAAGCAGUCACGGCUAACUCCAUUCCGGAUACAACGACGGCGUUUCGUGUUCCGGAAAAUGAAGAGAGCAAAGGACAUGAUAUAUGGAGCUCUAGAUUAUCGAAGUUCUACUAUGGUUGCAGUAACGCCAGCAGUAGCUUUCAAACUGCUGAUGUGAAAACGCAUCACAAUCGUUAUUUGAUGAUUGCUACCAGUGGAGGCUUAAAUCAACAGAGAACAGGGAUAACAGAUGCUGUUGUUGCAGCUUAUAUUUUGAAUGCUACUCUUGUUGUUCCAAUGCUGGAUCAGAAAUCGUUCUGGAAAGAUACUAGUGAUUUCUCUGAAAUCUUUAAUGUUGACUGGUUCAUUUCAUUUCUUUCAAAAGAUGUUAAAAUUGUCAAACGCCUCCCAAUGAAGUUAGGGAAAAUUGUGACUCCUUAUUACAUGCGUGUCCCAAGGAAGUGCACUCCAAAAUGCUAUCAGAAUCGUGUUUUACCUGUUUUUAGUAAGAAACAUGCUAUUCAGCUUGGUAAAUUUGAUUACAGGCUAUCAAAUAGGCUUGACAUGGAUUUACAAAAGCUGAGGUGCAGAGUCAACUACCAUGCUUUAAAAUUUACUGAUUCUAUUCUUGACAUGGGUAAAAAGUUGGUAGAGAGAAUGAGAAUGAAAAGCAACCACUUCAUUGCCUUGCACUUGAGGUUUGAAGCUGAUAUGCUUGCUUUCUCUGGAUGUUAUUAUGGUGGUGGAGAAAAAGAAAGGAUAGAACUUAGUGUCAUUCGGAAGAGGUGGUCAACUUUGCACCAAAAGAACCCUGACAAAGAGCGAAGGCAAGGAAGGUGCCUAUUAACACCAGAGGAAGUUGGUCUUAUGCUGAGAGCGUUGGGCUUUGGAAGGGACAUUCACAUAUAUGUGGCCUCAGGUGAAGUAUACGGUGGUGAAGAGACAUUGAAACCUCUUAAGGCUCUGUUUCCUAAUUUGCAUUCAAAAGAGACUUUAGCUAGCCAGGAAGAGUUGGCACCAUUUUCUUUAUUUUCUUCUCGCAUGGCUGCAUUAGACUUCAUUGUUUGUGAUGAAAGUGAUGUGUUUGUCGCCAACAACAAUGGCAACAUGGCUAGAAUCUUAGCUGGACGAAGGAGAUAUUUUGGACACAAGCCAACAAUUAAGCCCAAUGCUAAAAAACUUUACAAAUUGUUCCUGAAUCGAAAUAACAUGACAUGGGAAGAAUUUGCCUCCAAGGUUCGUACUCAUCAAAUUGGCUUCAUGGGAGAGCCAAACGAGGUGAAACCCGGAAGGGGUGAGUUUCACGAAAACCCAUCAUCCUGCAUAUGUGAGGAUUCUAAAGCAAUGGCUGGGGGAGAUUCAACUCCUCAUAAUGACAUGCAUGAGGUCCAGGUAGAGAACAAUAAAAGGAAUGUCGCUGAUGAGAUCUUAACCGUUGAUGACCAUGACCAGGAUUUGACAACUAUGGAUUAUGUGGAGAAUGGAAUUGGCACUCAAGGGAAGGAAGACUUGUAUAAAAGUAGCUUAACUAAGACAGAUCAACCAGAACUGGAUGAGUGGUUUUCGGACUAAGAAAGACUGCUGCUUCCCCAUCAACAAAUGUUGAUAUUAGUAGCCUUAACCAAUUCUUUAUCAGAUUCUUUGGACCUUGAUUGUGGCCCUUCAACGUUUGCUUCUCUUUUCAGCAUUCAUCUUCUCUAUGUCGCACAGAAGUGGAUUUUUUCUGGUAUAUAGAAAGCAAUUUGUAUAUAGAGGAAAUCACAGCAAUACUAUUUCAGUUUCCAAUAUUUUGCAAAGGGUGGAUUAGCUGCUGCAUUGAGUUCUAAAAGCCAUCAUAAUUUAUGGCUUGAGAAUCUCAUAGUUUUCAAUAAGAAUGUAGAGCAGAAGCAUAAAACUUGAAGAAGGCAAUGGCUUUCUUCUCAUUUUUAUUUGCCUUUCCUUCCAGUAGAAAAGAAUUAGACCCAUAACUGUUGCAAGGAAGCUUUGUAUAGAUUGAACAUAGCAUUCGAAAGCGAAGCAAUGUGAUGAAGCAUUUUUAUGUUGCUGCU